CUGGGCUCUAACCCUGGCCCCUGUUUCUGGACUUUGAUGGUGUGGGAAGGGCUGUGGAGACCUGUGGAGGUGUCACUUCACACCUCAGGGUCCUGGAUAAAACCAGGGCAUCCUGAGCAGGAUCAUUGCAUUCACCAGACUGACACACAAGAGACAACAUGGAUAUCUCUGCUCCACAGCUCAGCUACAGCACUCAGUGCCACUGGAACUACCCCAGCUCGGAUUCUGAGUUCUACAGCAUUUCUUCACCAGAGACAAUCUCCCCGUCUUCAUCCAAUGACUUUCCCUUUUCUCCACCAUGCCACCAGCGCUACACAGCCACCCUUGGGACUCACACUGGCUAUCCCGACGCAGUCCAGGCUUCUAGAUCUCCCUCCUCUUCCGAGGAAGGGCUGCUCUCAGUUCAGAAGCUGAGGAAGACCAGGUCGAAGAACCCCAGCAAACAGAGACAGAGUGCCAGCGAGAAAGAGAAGCUGAGGAUGAGGGACCUGGCCAAAGCUCUUCACCACCUGAGGACCUACCUGCCCCCUUCCGUAGCUCCAGCAGGACAGACCCUGACCAAAAUCGAGACCCUUCGCCUGACCAUCCGCUACAUCUCCCACCUGUCCGACCAGCUGGGGCUGAGCGAGGAGGCCCCGUCCCAGAGAAGAGGGCCUGACGUCACGAGGUGCCCCACUUUACCAGAGGAGCUGUUGUGCUACCAGUCCAGCGCUGUGCCAGAGGGUGCAUUGCAAGAAGAGGGAAUGGGAUACUGCCAGUACAGCUCCAUGCCAGCGUGCUCACAGCAGGACGAGGGAAUGAGAUACUGCCAGUACAGGUCCAUGCCAGCAUGCUCACAGCAAGAUGAGGUCCUGGACUCCAGCACAGAGUCCCUGCCACAGUUUCCAGAUGCAACACAGUCAUGCCAGGUAUGCAGAAGAUGGUUGUCUGACGUUUAUCACCAUAGCAGCGUUUUGAACUAUUCCUACAUCGAAUGUGUUUUCUGUUUUACUGAAUAAUAUAGAAAUGGCUAUCCAUUUAAAUAGUGAAAAUGAAACUGAAAGUGUGACUGUUCUAACAAGGCUGUUUUCUUUUCAUUGUUUUCAGAUGUACAGUGAAGACUUCAACAGUCAAGUCCUCCCACAGGAGUUCUGGAGUUAGGAUCAAUCUCGUACAAUCACUCGACCGUUCUGAAGCAGAAGUGACCAACAUCUACUGCAUACAAUCUUCCUCUUUGUUAUUUAUCUUGUGUUAUUUCAAACGUGUAUGUUGAAUUGAUUUUUAUACUUCUUUCAUGUUCAUGAAGA